AUGGACAAACAGCCUAACAAAAAACGAAAGAGUAGCUCUUCCUUAUCCGUCUCUGCCGACAGCAGUAGCCUUACAGCACCAGCUUCACCAGCACCAGUACCAGCAUCACCACAAUCACUAUUCUCUUCUAUAAUCAGGACUCGUUCCCAGACCGCUGCAGCACUCGCAGCCGCAGCUGAACCCAGCAGAACAACACCGGUCUUAUCAACGUUAUCAUCAUCAACUACAUCAACAACUUCAACAACAUCAACUUCAUCCACCAGCAGCGGCGGCAGCAUCAGAAGAACAAGAAGCAGCACCUCCUCACUUGCAGCAGCAUCAGCACCACAAGUAAUAACACCAAUAAUCGAGAACACUCCUCCCCCAACCAAGAAGCAAAAACAGAAGAAGGGUAGAACUACAACUACAACAACUACAACAACAACUUCAACUGCGCCAGCACCAGCAACAUCAACUACAUCAACAACCACAACAACAGCAGCAUCAGCAACAGAUAACAAGAGAAAGAAGAAACAGCCAGCUCUUCCUCAACAACCUGUAAAGAAAAGAAUGACUUCCAAGAAGAGCAGCAUCAACAGCAGCAGCAACACCGACAUGUCGGACGACGAUCAGAACGCUUCGACAUCCACAACUUCCACCACAACACCGCCAUCCACAACGACGACAGCAACGGCAACAUCGACGACCAGCACGAGCUCCGACAACAACAACAACAAUAACAACAACAAUGCCGCCUCUCCCGGGAGCUCCACCUUGCACGGCCUCAUGCGGGGCCUGACCGGUGCGCUCCUGGAUGAGCUGGCCCACUCACAGGGCGGCUUCAGAGGUGGAUCCCGCGACGGCCUCCUCAACACACUGAUAGAGGGACGUGCGCGACUCAAGCAGAUCCUGCAAGGAAUGAACUCAGAGGACGAGUCGAUCCAGAUGGAGUCUCUCAUCGAGCUGAGCGAGCUGCUGGCCAUUGCCACCGAGGAGACGAUGGCAGGCUUCCCUUCCGAUCUAUUCGCACCCGCACUCGUCAACAUGCUCGGUGCCGAGCACAACCCAGACAUGAUGCUGAUGGCCUGUCGAGCGCUGUCCAACAUGAUCGAAGCGCUUCCCGGCUCCGUGUCAGCCGUCGUCAACCACGGAGCUGUUGGCGUUUUAUGCGCCAAACUGCUCUCGAUCGAGUACAUCGACCUGGCCGAGCAAUCGCUGCAGACACUGGAGAAGAUAUCAAUCGAGCAGCCCACAGCAGUCCUGCGUGCAGGUGGUCUCAUGGCCGUGCUCUCCUACCUCGACUUCUUCUCAACAGGCGUCCAGCGAAUGGCCGUGUCUACCGCAGCCAACAUAUGUCGACAAGUGCCACAAGAUUGUUUCGAGUUGGUCAAAGACAGCGUCCCCAUCCUAACCAACCUCCUCACAUACUCUGAUUCAAAAGUUGUUGAACUUGCUUGCUUAUGUUUUUCAAGGCUCGUGGACAGCUUCUAUGACUCGGAUACAAAGCUACAGGCGAUCACCAGCGAUGGAUUGGUAACCAAUCUGGUUAGGAUUCUGUCUGGAAUGAACAAUAGCUCGAUCUCACUCAGCCCCACCACCUACACACAGGUGAUCAGGAUCAUGUCGAGUCUGUGUCAUGGCUGCCCACCCCUGACGCUCACUCUCUUGCAAGAGGGCAUCUCAUCGAUUAUACAGGCGAUCCUGCAACCCAACGACUCGGAUCCCAGCGCGUUCAACCGCUCGAGCCAGCAGUGCUACGAGAUCCUCUCAUUGAUCAACGAGCUGCUGCCACCCCUGCCCGCAGAGUUCAGUGCUCUGUUGCCCAAUCAGCGAUCAGUGUCCCGCCGCAAGAAGGAGACGAGCGAGAAGGACGACCCGCGCAUCGAGAUGUUCAAGGCACAUCCAGACCUGCUGCUGGCGAUGGGCCAGGGCCUGUUUGGCGUGCUAGUCGAGAUGUUCACCUCCACUGUGAAUCCAGUGGUCCGCUACAAGUGUUUGGGCUGCAUCUGCAAGAUGCUCUACUUCUCGACGCCGGCGAUGCUCACCGAGCUGCUGAAGAACUUUGCCUUCAGCUCGUUCCUGGCCGGCCUGCUCGGCUCACGUGACAUGACCAUCGUGUCCAACGCCCUUAAGAUCUCAGAGAUGAUGCUCGACAAGCUGCCAGAGAUAUUCACACUCUAUUUCAAGCGAGAGGGAGUCAUCUAUGAGAUUGAUCGUCUCUCCAAGCUGGAGCCCAUCAUCAACGACGCUGCAUCGUCUUCGUCCACAUCGCCCUCGCCCACUCCCUCGCCCACCAAGUCGCAUGGCAGUGCGCCAAUUUCGAUUCCAGGCACCCCACAGCGCGCUGGCAUUCCUCCACCCUUGGCUAGUUCACCAUUUGCCAACUCGUUCUUUGUUGGCUCGCCAAUGCAGAUCCCUCCAUCAACACCAACUUCGUCGACGACCACCACCGCGUCGCCAACAUCACCCACACAACAGACUGCUACCGAUGACAUGAAGUCUACAGUGUGCAGGGAGGCACGUCGCUUCAAGACCAAGUACUUCUCCAAAGAGUCGACCAGUGCCACCGACAGUCUCUCGACUGACGAAUUGAAGACACUCAAGAACCUCAGCGAUAGAUUGAAUGGCUGCUACAACGAAGCUGGCAUCGAGGUGUUGCAAGAGAUCAGCAAGUGCAUCACAACCAAGGAGGGUGUGUCUGCGUUUGAGUUCUUGCACAGCGGACUGGUGUCCAGCAUCCUCUCGUACUUGACAAGAGGCGACGUCAGGAAGCACGUGGAGUGUUUCUGCAAGGUCUUCUUGGUCCCAAUCAAGCUGGACGAGCGCUCAGCCAUGGUGUCAUCCACAUCGAUCAAGCAGCAGUCAGGCAACUCCCUGCUCCUCUUGUCGCUGCUGGUCAACAAGCUGCACGACGCACUUACCAAGGUCGAGAGGUUCGCCAUCAACAUCAACGACGUCGGCGGUACGAGCACAGGUCUCAAGUAUCUUGCACAGCCAUUUAAGCUCAAGCUCUCCAGAGAGGGAGGCGACGAGUCACUGCGCGACUACGCCGCCAACGUCGUACUCAUCGAGCCACUGGCCACUAUCACUGCGAUUGAGGAGUUCUUGUUGUCAAGAGUGAUCAACAAGGAUGUGGCCACGUCACCAACUGCUGCACACUCAGACAGCGCAUCCGAGAUGAAGGACUCCAAGUCUGGCAGCGGAAAGGAGACAAAGACAGACACAGAGGACGACGAGGAGGAGUACCACGAUGACUAUGAAGACGAUGAGUUGCUUCAGAAUCAGGAGGACCAGGCAGAGGGCGAGACAGAGCCAGUGCACGAUGUAAAGAUCAGUGACUCCCUGUCCUCCUCAGGCACCAUCCCACCACAGACAUCAACAUCGGCAUCCUCAUCAUCAUCUCUGGCGACAUCGACGUCGGCCACGCAACCAUUGUCGUCGUCGCCCACCAACACCACGCCUCCACAGCCACACACUCCACCCUCACAACAGCAACAACAGGCACCAUCAAACAAACAGAAGUUGGCCAUAUUCGUGGAUGGCCAACGUUUGCUUCCCACCUUUACCAUCUUCCAGGCUGUCCAGAAGAUAGCCAAGUCAAACGUAUCACCAUUAGUAUCAAACAUCAACAACAACAACAACAAUAAUAAUGCAAACAACUACUAUGGAAUUGACCAAUCGAACGAAGGAAGUGUUCCAACAAGUCGAUUGUGGGAAGGCACGCACACGUUGAAGUAUAGAUACCUGACUGCAUCCGAAAUGGACCAACCAAACUCUCAAUCGGCAACAACAACAACCAAGCCAUCAAUCAAAGGAUUGGGCGAUGAGAACAUCAUUGGAUUCCUGGAGGAUGGACACUCAUUCCCAUUGUCUUCAAAUGAUACGACUUACGAGAUCAUCUCAUUGCUGAGGAUAUUGUACAAGCUGAACAUGGACUCGAGCUACCAAGCGAUCUAUGGAGCAGACAGGACUCAUGUCGGCCAGACAGAGUUCAUCUCGCAGAAGCUCACGGCAAAGGUCAUGAGACAGCUGCAAGACCCGCUGGCCCUGUGUGGCGGCGCCCUGCCCGACUGGUGCAAACAGUUGCUUACCUAUUGCCCCUUCCUGUUCCCAUUCGAGUGCAAGCGAUUGUUCUUCUAUUCCACAUCCUUUGGCAUUGCCCGUGCACUCUCCACGUUGCAGCAGCGCCAGGACCUCAUCCGUCAGACAAGCGAGAGUUCUCGCAAUGGCAACAACAAUCCAGGAGAGGUCAGAGUUGGUAGGAUACCUCGCCAGAAGGUCAGGAUCUAUCGCAACCGCAUCCUGGACUCGGCGAUCAAGGUGAUGGAGCUGUACGGCAAGACAAAGUCGAUCUUGGAGGUCGAGUACUUUGGCGAGGUCGGCACUGGUCUGGGUCCAACACUGGAGUUCUUUACGUUGGUCUCGCGAGAGGUUCGACGAAAGGACCUCAACCUGUGGUACUCCGACACAGAGUCGAACGCAGCCUCCACCGACGCAUCACCGUACGUGUUCAACGCCGGUGGUCUCUUCCCCAAGCCUGUGCGACCAGGUACCCUGCCAAAGAAGACGUUGGACUACUUCAAGUUCCUGGGCACCUUUGUUGCCAAGGCCUUCUACGACCAGAGGCUGGUGGACCUCCCCUUCUCCAAGCCCUUCUACAAGUAUAUGGCCAACAAGGACUUGGAGUUUGGCGAUCUGGCGGUGAUCGCUCCAUCCAUGGCGUCAUCAUUGAACAACCUCUAUGCCCUUGUUCUCAAGAUCAAAGCGAUCAAGUCUUCCAAGAGUAUAGACGAUCAGCAGAAGCAAACAGAUAUAGCCGCACUCAGGAUCGACGGUGCCAAGGUUGAUGACCUUUGUCUAGACUUUGUACUUCCAGGUCAUCCACAAUGGGAGCUCAAAGAUAAUGGAUCAAACAUAUCAGUGAAUAUAUUUAACCUGGAAGAGUAUCUCAACUUAAUUGUGAUGAACUUUUUAUAUAGUGGAGUGAUCCAGCAGGUGGAUGCGUUCAAGGAGGGCUUCAACCAGAUCUUCCCCAUCACCAGUCUGUUCCCAUUCUCAGUGGCCGAGGUAGAGUCACUGUUGUGUGGCGCGCUGACCGGCAGUGACAGCGACUGGACCGUGGACGCGCUGAUGGAGAGCACCAAAUGCGACCACGGCUACACUAACUCGAGCAUCGCUGUUCAGAACUUCUUCAAGAUCAUGUCAGAGUUCUCGACCGAGGAGCGCAAGCAGUUCCUGCUGUUCAUCACGGGCAGUCCGCACCUCCCCAUCCAAGGCUUCAAGGGCUUGAACCCGCGUCUUACCAUUGUCAAGAAGCAUCUGAACACACUGGCAGCCGCCGACGACUCACUGCUCAGUGUCAUGUCAUGCACCAACUACAUCAAACUGCCAGACUACUCGUCCAGGGACAUUAUGAAAUCCAAGUUGCUGUACGCCAUGAAGGAGGGACAGUCCUCGUUCCAUCUGUCCUAA